CGUUUCAUCAUGACCAUUAUUUGGCCAUUGUUUUUAAUAGCAACGGCAAUAAUAGUUUUUCGUAUUCUACAAUUUUAUGAACCCGAGGACAUAGCGGACAUGAUCUUUAAGUCACUUACACUUGUUGUGGAUACUUUAGUAUUGAUUUUGGGAAAAAUUUUGGACUUAGGGUUAAAAAUAAUUGAAUAGAGUUUCUUAUCUAGCAGAAAAUGGUGUAAAAGUCAAAUUUAAUAAAUUAAAAUACUCAUCAAAGUAAAAAUUGAAAGUUGUUAAAAAAAUUUGGAAAUUCAAAAAUUAAAUAGAAACAAAUAUUUUUUGUAAAUAAAACUUUUUUGCCAACUAUAAAUAUUCGGCUACAAAUUUUAAGUUCAUUUUUCGCAACUCCAUGUACAUAUGUAAACAAUGCCCGUUGCAGUGCGUUUAGUUGAGGUAUUGACUCUAAUAACAUUGCUGGGAAUUUUAACUGGAUUCUCAAUAUUUGUGGUGUUGGCACAACGGGCAUCCUUCGUGUUAUUACUACUUAUUACGCCAAUAACCUAUAUUAUAUACGGUAUUCUAUAUGUUGCGGAGAAAAUCCUAGUGACAACCAUAGAAGGGUUGUUGGGUGUAACUAACAGCGUUAGUGAUAACAUUAACUAAAUCAUGUUUUUGCUUAUAAAUUUAAAAAAAAAAACCUGUAAUAAAAUAUGUACAUGAUUUAAAAAAUAAAUGUAA